AUGGUCACCUUAGUUUCUAACGACAACAAAAAGUUUGAAGUCCCCAAGGACGUUGCCUACAAAUCUGUUCUCAUCAAGAAUAUGGUUGAGGAUAUUGGUGAUGAAAAUGCUGAAAUUCCCCUUCCUCGUGCCCAGGCUUCUGUUUUGGAGAAGGUCAUUGACUACUGCACAUAUCACAAGGACGAUCCUCCUCUUCCUGCUCCUGUCCAGAAAACCCAGGACGACCAACCCGACCGCAUUCGUCGUACGACUGAUAUCAUUGAAUGGGAUUACAACUUUAUGAAUCUUGAGAAUCCUGUCAUUUUUGAAAUCAUGCUUCUUGCAAACUACCUUGAUAUUGUUCCUCUGUUUGAGCUAACUUGCAAGACUGUGGCAAACAAGAUUAAGGGCAAGAGUCCUGAGCAACUCCGUGAGAUUUUUGGCAUUGAGAAUGACUUUACUCCUGAGCAGUUGGAUGAGAUUCGUCGUGAGAAUGAGUGGGCCGAGGACCCUUAA